GUGAUGCAAGGGAACGCGACAAUUCGACCAUUUCCUGCAUUCAAUGCGAAUGCAGACGCUGAAACGUUACGAAAGGCCAUGAAGGGUUUGGGAUGCGAUAAGACGAAGAUUAUCACCGUUUUGUGUGCCAGAUCAAAUGCACAGCGUCAGCAGAUUGCGACCGCAUUCAAAGCUAUGUACGGCAAAGAUUUGAUAAAAGAUUUAAAAAGUGAGUUAACUGGCGAUUUCGAAGAUCUGAUUAUAGCGUUGAUGGAGCCUCCAGCUCGGUAUGAUGCCCAACAACUUUACAAAGCAAUGGAGGGUCUCGGUACAAAGGAAUCGGUUCUCAUCGAAAUCAUGUGCUCUCGAACGAAUGCGCAAAUAGCUGAGCUAAAGAACGUUUAUCGACAAAUGUAUCGCAACGAACUGGAGAAAGAUUUGAUUGGUGAAACGAGCGGCUACUUCAAGCGUUUAUUAAUAUCGAUGUGUGCCGCUGGUCGUGAUGAGAGCAUGAAUGUCGAUCCUGUUCGAGCAAACCACGAUGCGAGAGCUCUUUAUAAUGCCGGAGAACGACGUUUGGGUACCGAUGAAUCCUGUUUCAACGCCAUAAUUGCCGCCCAAAACUAUGCUCAACUUCGACUCGUUUUUCAAGAAUAUCAAAAGAUCGCAAAACAUGGUAUUGAACGAGCGAUUGAAGCCGAAUUUAGCGGUGAUAUCAUGGAUGGUCUCUUGGCCGUUGUUGCUUGCGUUCAGAAUAGACCGGCUUAUUUCGCGAAAUUGCUCUACAACAGUAUGGUGGGUUUGGGAACUCGUGAUACGGAUUUGAUACGCAUCGUUGUGACUCGUUCCGAGAUUGAUCUUGGUGAUAUUCGUCAGCAAUUUCAACAAAUCUACAAAAAGUCUUUGGAGUCAAUGAUCAAAGGUGACUGCUCCGGAGCCUACAAAGACGGACUAAUUGCGCUCGUAAAGGGAAAUUGA